GGCGGGCGGGGCGAGGCGCCGCAGGUGUCGCCCCGCAGAGCCCGCGCAGCGCCGGCCGGGCUGGGUCGGGUCCGGGCGGUGCUGCUGUCGCUGGUGCCGAGCCAGUAUGCGGCUGCGCUCGGGGGUAUUCGCGUCCUCCUGCCUCCUCGUGCAGGCCUUGGGCGUCGCGCUGUUCCUCCGCGGCUUCUUCCCGGUGCCCGUCAGGUCCGUGCCACGCAGAGAGGCCCGCGCGGACCCUCCCGCCGAGCCGGCCCCACCCGGCCCAGGAAUGGUUUCUAACUGGACCAAGAUUCCUCCACCGCUUUUCAAAAAAGUUGUCAUUGUGCUGAUAGAUGCUUUGAGAGAUGAUUUUGUGUUUGGAUCCAAAGGUAAACAGUUCAUGCCAUACACUACUCAGGUUGUUGAAAAAGGGACUUCCUACAGUUUCAUUGCUGAAGCCAAGCCACCCACUGUGACUAUGCCUCGAAUUAAGGCUUUGAUGACAGGUAGCAUACCUGGUUUCAUCGAUGUUGUUGUGAACCUCAAUUCUCCAGCUCUCUUGGAUGACAAUCUGAUAUGGCAGGCAAAAACAGCUGGGAAAAGAAUAAUAUUUUAUGGUGAUGAUACUUGGGUCAAAUUGUUCCCAAAGCACUUUGUGGAAUAUGAUGGAACAACAUCAUUUUUUGUGUCAGAUUUCACAGAGGUUGAUGAUAAUGUUACCAGACAUUUGGAUAGAGUGUUAAAGAGAGAAGACUGGGAUCUCCUAAUACUACAUUACCUGGGGUUGGACCAUAUUGGUCAUAUGACUGGGCCAAACAGCCCAUUAGUGGGACCAAAACUUAGUGAAAUGGAUAACAUACUGAAGAAGAUUCAUAUUUCUCUUCUUUCAAAGGAGGAAGCUUCUCUUCCCAAUUUGUUAGUUGUUUGUGGGGAUCAUGGAAUGUCUGAAACAGGCAGUCAUGGUGGUUCUUCAGAAGGAGAAGUGCACACACCACUACUGUUUAUCAGCUCUGCUUUUGGGAAGAGAAAUGCUCCUCUAGCCCAGCCUGAGCAUGUGCAGCAAACAGAUUUAGCUAGCACAUUGGCAAUAGGUCUUGGCCUACCAAUUUCAAGAAACAGUGUUGGGAACCUUAUAUUGCCAGUUGUUGGAGGCAAGACAAUGAGAGAACAGCUACGUUUUGUGCACUUGAAUGGGUUCCAGCUUAGCAAAUUGCUGCAAGAGAAUACGCCUGCAUAUGAAAAAGAUCCUGGAUAUGAACAUUUUAAGAUAGCAGAAAAAUCCCAUGGUAAUUGGAUCAAACUGUAUUUAGAGGGGAAUAAUUCAGAAAUACUCUUAAAUCUUGGCAAAAAGGUCCUGAAGCAAUACUUAGAGGCCCUCAAGACUUUGAGUUCUUCAUUAAGCAAACAAGUGGCACAAUAUGACAUGUAUUCCAUGAUGGUGGGGACUGUGAUCAUUAUGGAGGUUCUGAUACUGCUUUUGCUCAGUGUUCCAAAAGCCUUGAGCAAGCGGGCAGAAUUUGAAGUGCCUCUCUCCCCUCCGCUGUUCUCUCUGCUGUUUUACUUGAUGUGUCUGAUGCUGUGUGCUGUUCAUGUCAUUGUAUGCACAUCAGCAGAAAGCUUGUGCUAUUUCUGCAGUAUGUCCUGGUUAACAGCAGUUGGAGUGAUGAUGCUGAUUUCUGCACUCAUGUGUGGUAUUUUAUCUGCUAUUGCAAAGAUCUUAGAGAAUUACAGACUUCAACCAAAGGGCUGGGGCAGAUAGAAAUAAAAAAUACUGGAUUCUUCAUCCCAGGUUGGUCUGUGAUCAUAUUCCUACCUGAGAUAUAUCUGAAAAUGUGGAAGCUUAAGUAUAUCUUACGAAGUUUAGGCAAUAGUAAUUCUGGUUGGGCAGACAUGACUUUGUAUUCAGACCAGUAGAAAUAAAUUUUUGUUAUCCUGUCUUCACUCCUAUUCCAUAGAUGACUGAAUUACUGGAUGUAUCUCAUCACAUCAGUCAGGGAGGCUUUGCUGUGUCUGUUUGUAAUAAACAGGGCCAGGAGAGCAGCCGCUUUGAAAGGCCUUUAUUAAAGACAGCUCUCGGUGGGGAACCCGAGGGGUCAUGCACACCGCCGCUGCUCUCACUGGACGAUGCUGAGGAGGAGUGCAGUUUUGUCUUUCGGCAGAGCUGGGGCUUCUGUCCUCAUGAGAGUCCUUAGGAAGGCAAUGUUGGCUCACAGUUUAGGGGUGUCAUCCAGACCGAGUACCACUAAAGUCAUGGUGGCAGGAUGGAAUCUGGCUCUGGUCAAUGGUGGGUGAUUUCCCAUGGUUCUGCCAGGUUAAAAUCAUAGUUUAUGUGCUAGUUUGCUGCCUUUGAGAAGGUCCAUAUAGCACCAACAGCCCCUCAUUUAAAUUCAGUCCAGGUGCAAGUCCUUCUGAGAGCAGGGGAAGUGGUUCCCCACGGAAAGGGAUGCAAAUACAGGGUAAAAUAGUAACACUUAAGAAUGGCAACCAAAGGCAAGUCCCAGAACUUUAACAUUCAAUAUUCAACAACAGACUAACACUUCAAAUUAACACCUUAUCAACUUUAUCGACAUCAACUAGCCAUUACCACUCUGAAAAAGAGCUCCCAUCUCCAGGGUUUCAUUUCUCACGUGUUCAAGUUCCCAAAAAAGCUUGAAAUAUUUCUUGAGUUUAGUUAGUAUGUGCCUUCAUUCCAGAUAUGUGUAAAAGCAGUGACUUGGUUCUGAAUAACAUUUUUACCAGUCUCAAGGCUGUUGUAGAAUGAUGUGAUGGAGUUUUAUUUGGGUCUGCUUAGGCAAAUACAGAGCCUGGAGAAGGUAAAGGGAGCAGUAUAUAAAUCUGGUGCUGCUUGUAAUGCAGAUGUGUUCCAAACAUUAUCUUUGUCUUUCAACCCCUUUCCAGUAGAAUGCCUAGGUUUUGGGGGAGAAACGGGUUGUUUUCAUAUGCUGUGUGUUGAUCUCGAGGGACUUUCUGUGUGAGUCAUGAGCAUCACUUAUGCUAAAAUAUCUCUGAAUCCAAGUGUUUUGUGACCUGUACAUCUCCACAUUGCGAAUCUGCCUGUGGAGUCCACUUCUGAAAGAAUUCUGAAGCCCUCGUCUUCUGAUAGUGGGAGUAGAAUCCUGAAUCUUGGCCUUUCUGGUUAAAAAAAAACCUAAAAAGCCUUUUCUAAGCUCAAGCUAUACGAUAAAAUGUAGGUAUUCUAAAAGUAAUUAAGAUAAGCUCUCCUGUUAAUGGCUUCAGAGCUUUCUUCCUUCAAAUUGUUUCCGUUCACUUCUAAAGAUUUCUCUGAAGUGCUUCUCAUUUGUAAUUUUUUUUUCCCCACUGUGGCUGAAUAUAGAAACUGAUUACCAAGUUCAUGAAUUUUCUGAAGACCAGUGCAGGCAGUGUUAGCAUCUGCUUCCUGACGGUUAUUUAUAGAUUCUGAUUGCUGUGUUUCUAGCAGAACCAGUCCCUUCUUUUAGUGAUACUUCAGGCUUUAAAUAGUUUUGUUGCCCUUUAUGAAUUCCAGAAAAUCGUUAAAAAUUUUAACUUCUUGUUCAUAGUUUCACUGUAAUUGCUUGGUGGUUGAUUUAAGAAUGGUAUUUACUACUACUAAUUGUGGGGGUUUUUUACCCAGUUUCUGACAGAAAUAAAAACUAACCCUUUUUUUGCAACUAGAAUACAGAAGUUAAGGCUUGUCAAGUAGAGGUCUUGAGAAUUUUCAUUAUGCAGAAUUAUAGUAGGAUUUUUCACAUCUACAAAAUGUCCUUCUUUCAGUUUAUUUAAAAGCACCUGUUCAUUUAACAGUACUUUUGAUUUUCUCUUUUGUUUUGAUAUUCUUGAUGAAUUGAACAAUUUUUAUGCAACUGCACCUAAAAUAUUUUCAGCAUUUUCUAACUUGGGGAGAAAAAAGCUGAUUGGGUGGUGUCUUUACCAGAUAGUGUUCAAAAAUAUUGGAAUUUACCAGUAUUACUGAUGGGAUGUGCCUUGGCUUGCCUGGCCCGUGCGUCUGAACCACAUGGCAGCAACUGUGUUUCACCCCAGAGACACUAUUGGCUGGCUAGAUGUUGCAAUUGGGUAGGUGAGAGCAAGUCCAGGCAAGCCCGAGCUCCAGUGGUGUGGCUGGAGUUUUCCUCUUGAAGAAGGUCCGCUCCUAAGGUCUCUCUCUGACAGAGAAGCUUUAAGGCGAGGCGAAGGAAAGGAGUCGGUUCUGAUAGAGGGUUUUAAUCCAGAGUUUUUAUUGUGGCCCGCAAACCUCUGAAUGUAGCAACAGCUCUAACACAACUCCCGCUUGUGUGGUCUGCUUGCUUUUUUACUUGGGGGAGAGGGGGAGGGGACUGAGAGGGAACCCACCAACCAGGUACGGGAGAGGAGGUUCCAGGGACAAAGGUCACCUGGAUGGGCCAGUGUCCCCCCACAGUGGAGGGCAUCUUUUGAAUCUGCCCAAUCACUCGACACUCUCCUGGAAUUCCACAAUUGAUAGACAGUACUCGGCAGGGGUUGGGCUGGGGAAAGGAGAGGUGAUUGACACACCUGGGGAAGGAAGCUUCAGGGAGAAACCCGUUGUAUCUGAGGCAAACUAUGACAUCACAUCGCAACAAAAAAUUAUCCUAAACUGCUGUGAAAAUGUAGGAACAAGUGUGAUCUGUAGUACUUUGUCAUGGAAAAGUUACCAUCAUAGAGAGAAUCAUGGGUUUAGGGAGCUUGAGUAUCAGGAGGGAGCAUAAUGAUAAGUGUUUAAAUUGUGAGUGAUGGUAAGCAUGAAAAAUAAAAUGUUUCUCGUCUGAAAAGUAGUUUCAGAAUUUCUCAGGCAUUAACUGUAGAUAAGUUAAUCAAAAAAAAAAAAAAAAGGUAACCAGAAUAAGACUCAGAACACAGACUGCAGGAGGCUUUAUUUCAAAGCGAAAAAGUUUCAAAAUUUAAUGACCAAAGGUGCAUGUACUCUGUCAUUUAUGUACUGACACUUUUGCAAGCUAGCAAGGUAUGUUCAAAGAUAGGGCAGAGAGGUCACUUUCUGUAUUGCUUAAAUAUUAGUGCUGGUACCUCAGUUGUUGAAGUUCCCUUGGCUUGGGGGAUGAUAUGUUUACAUCAUUUGAAGCCUGGCCAUUUAAAGAUUUCUAAACAAAAGCUUCUGUUUUAAGUUGUUUUUUUUUUUUUUUGCCAAGAUACCAAACAAACUGAGAGUCAUACAGGUUUUUGAGUGUCUGGAGUGUCUGCUGUGUUCCUGAGGUCUGGAAAUGUUCAGCAGCUGGAAAAACAGCUGUGAAUAUCAGAGUAAGACCUACAUUUUAAUGCCUUUAAAACAAAUCUAAAAACUGGGUACAAUCUAAAUAAUCUUAAGGUCAGACUGUAUAUGACACCAUACUCAUGGCAUUCAUAGUAAGGCACAGUUAAUAUAUAAGGAAUUAGAAGUAAAUGUAAAAAACCUUGAUGAAGGUAUUUCUAGAAUUUCUUACGAUUAUCAAGGUACAGGAGAUUAUAAUUUGCAUCAUAAUUUUUGAUUUUGCAUAGUGAUUUAACUCUGAUCAGAAAUGUGAUUUAUCAGUAAAUAUCAUUGGAUUUUAUUCCUUUGAUGAAAAUGAAGGAGUAAUUUUUUUCUCUUUUCACUGAAGUUAUGAGAGACAAGCAGGCAAGAAAUACAGAUUUCUGAUCCUGGGACAUUUCACAUUAAUGCCAUCAUUUUAAUGAGGUUUUUGUAUGUUCCCCAUUGAUAAUGCAUCAUUUCUUCAGUUUUUUUAUCAGUUGCUGACAGAAACCAGAUACUAGAGACCAAUCCUUCUAUAGAUUUUAUGUUAUGUCUUACAAAAAAGACAAAUUAUAUCACGGACUUGCUCAUUCUCAUUUAUUUAGGAUCUCAGAUUCCUUUGUUUCUGCAAGCCAAUGGUGCUUACAUGCUCAUUUAUUUCGUUAGCCAAGAUCUUUAAGGUCAGCAUGAUAGAAUUAUUGGAAUUUAAACUUGCUGAAGAUACGUCAUGUACUGUUCUUGUCCCAGCUUUGUGAAUUUCAUGCUCUUUGGUCUUUGCAGAGACUACUUUGUCCUUUUGUUCCAAAUACCAGCUUAUGGUAUUUGCUUUUCAGAAUAGAGUACUAAACAAACCUGAGUGGUCUUUAGAACACCAAAGAAAUUUCAAAUGCUAGUAAAUUUAGAUUGAACCUGGGCAUUUUUUCUGAUUAUUAGUGUUUCCCCCCCCCCCCCAUUAUUGUUGUGUGUAACCUCAUGGGGACUUUUUUGGUGUGUGGGGUUUUGUUUGUGUGUUUGUUUGUGUUAUUGUGUUGUCUUGUGUUUUUUUAAGUUAAAUUACUUUGAUGUAAUGUAUUCUUUAACAACACAAGAAAUGAAGAAGAUGUGAAUAGGUCAUAAUUGUAGUUAUAGCUCCUGCAUUCUUUCACAUACAUCUCAUUAAAUUUCGAUUUUGCAAAAGUUUUUUUUCCCUAAAGCAAAAUUCCUAAUAAUGUUAACUAUGUUCUUGCAUCAUGUCGUUUUCUCUGUGUUACAUUGUCUUGCUUAUUGAACAAAAAUACAUAUGCUGCUGUCAGUAAGUCAUAAACACAAGUGAUACUUGCAUUUAAGAUGCUCAGAGAUACUUGUAUUGUUUAUACCUGCUUUCUUGUUAUCGGCUCAAAGGUCAGUUUGGUUUGAUUUUCUAUUAACAUGACUUAAAGCGUGCAGGAAUUGUAGUACACUGUGCAUCUUUUAAGUUAGUAGCUUCUCUGUGAAAUUUAUUCCUGUGAAUAUUCAAGAUUUUUUUAAAAGUUUGUUCAUAGGUCAAAUGUAAGAGGAUGAUGUAGCUAAAAUACGCAGUUAAAGAAAUGAAUGUGAAAGUAGUUUCAGACAUCUUUGUUCUGAAGUAAAAAUGGCAUGCAGUAAUUUCAAUCUUGCUUUUAAAUUUUUGUUUCACUAGGUGCUUCAAAUACAUUUUAAGAGGUUCUCCAUAAUAUUCUGUAAUAGUGCAAAAUUAGAUAAAAUAAAAUGGUAAUGUAUGACAGUGUAUUGACAGUGUCUUUCCCAGAAUUCUUCACAAGCAUGUAUGUUAGCCUAUUUGUUAAGGUAUGUUAGGAAGCUUCUGGUGGUUCCAGUGUCCUCUGAUUCUUGCUUUUACUUGCUCUGGUCUCAAGUUUUUGACCUACAUGCUUGUCCCCAGGUACUUGCAAUGGCAUCUUGAAACACUCACAGGUGAGGCAGGGAGUGGGGUUGAACAGAAGAUAGGAUAGGAUUUAGUAAGACAGGAUAGAUCACAGUGAUGAGGCACAGGACUCAGUCAGAGAUGUGCACUGGCUCCUGCUUAUAUAUAACUGAAUCACUUUUCUUUCCCCUCUUACUUUGCCCCUGUUUCCAGCAUGUUCCUCACCACCCCCUCUUCCCCACCCUUGACACUUUCUUGAAGCUCUCUUUAAUGAGUUGGUACAAAUCCACAGGUGCUAUCAGAUAUCUGUAACACCCAUGUACUGUCACUUCUCCCUUAUCUGUUACAGAGUCCAGACUGGCGCUCUUCAGAGCUAUGCCUGUGAUUUCUUACUGGCCUGUCAGUUAAUGGCUAAAGAGUUUUGGUCAUCUUUAUGAUCUCCCUUAGUGCAUAUUUACCAUGGUUGUGUCUCUCUGUGGUCUUUUUAUGGCUUUCUUCUCUGUGUGCUGAAAUGGUUCUUUACCUGAUAACAGCAACAAACUGGGUACUCUCAACUUCCUCAUGCCCUUACGCUUUCUCUUUUGGCUUAUCGUUGAAGGUAGUAAUGGUAAGGCAAUUCCAAUUAGCUGCUGAGGACAGGAAAUUGAGCUAAUGAAGUCAUUAGACAAAAAAUACUGUGGUUUUAGAUAAGCAGUUUGUAAAGUAAGUAAUAGAUGGGUAAAGGUUUAAAGUAGAUUUUAUGAUGAAAGAGGCUUUUCAAGCUAAGCAAAGUCAAGGGGUGCCAUCAGGCAGUAACUUUGUUAACUUGAGUAGUGAAGGCUGUCACUGCAUUGAUUUGAAGAUAUCACAGAUUACAACUACUAGAGAAUUACCUAUUAUCUGUAUUUCAGGAUUUCUGCCGGAUUUCUAUUUUUACUUCUACAAAUAUGCUACAGGGCAUGAACUUCUUUUAAACCUUCUGUUACAGGGUGGUAGGAAAUCUUAAUCUGUAAAUUGUCAUGAUUAUUCAUAGAGAAGUUUUAUUCCUUAAAGAGAAUGCAGUUUUAAAAAUUAUUACUAUGUUUUAGUGCUGAGUAUGCUUCACUGAAAUAUUGAGAUUUCUAAAGAUCAAAAUAAGUUAUCCUGCUAUUUAUUUUCUUUUCAUUGCUGUAAAUUGCUGUAAGCACACUGUGAAUGCUUACGAGUG